UUGUCGAGCAGUCUCAGUGUGCAUCUCUGAACUUACUGUGUGCUGUACAAAUAAACUACCAUUCGAGUAGCUCGCUCAUGUAAGCAAAUAAACCAUUGCUUAUUGCUUUCAACAGUGACUCAGUGAUGGGAAUGAAGUGUUUUCCUCACCCAACAUACGAAGCAAUGGAUGAACCUAACAGAGAUAUUUCACAAAGUGAUUCCGACUUAGAAAAAGACAUUGACCCCAGCACUGAAGAAAGAAGCGAAUUGCCAGCCGUAGAUGUCCAUGGAAAACCAGCACUUUCCUACAUUGCUCUUAUUACGAAGGCCAUCGAAUGUUCACCAAAUCAAAUGGCUACUCUGGGAGAAAUUUGCAACUUCAUAUGUGAUACUUAUCCGUAUUAUAGGGUGAGGUACCCUGCUUGGCAAAAUUCCAUCCGCCACAAUCUCUCAUUGAACGAUUGUUUUGUUAAAGUUGCCCGCACUCCCUCCACUCCUGGCAAAGGCAACUUUUGGAAGCUUGACCCGAGGGCAGCUGGCAUGUUUGAGAACGGCUCGCUGCUGAGGCGCCGCAAGCGCUACAAGCGUCCUGUUGACCCUCAGUACUUCGGCGGCCAAUUCUUCCCCACGAUCGCUCUCCCAGGACACCCAAGCAUGUACCACGUAACCCCAAACAUUAUCCCUGUCUUCAGACCAUCACAAUUGCCCCAUUUCCAUCCGUAUGCCGUGCCAAGGACUCACCAUACCAUGCAUCCUGCGUUCUCUCCGCCUGUGCUACCGGGGUACCUUGCUUCAAUAGACCAACACCAAGCAAACCAGCUGUUGGACUCCCACGUCUUCAAUCUCCAGUACAGUGCAAUGCUCUCUCGUUUCCCCGGUCAACAGAGCUUAGGGCCUCUCAUGCUGCCCCAACACAGCGACUCCCUUAGCUCGGCUCCUAGAAUUUCCAACUCAACCUCAUCGUCUCCAAAACUUGUAAGUUCAGGAGUCAAGAGAAAGUCAUCGUCUCCUUUAAAACGUACAUCCCCAGCCCCUACUAGCCCCUCAGAUUUGUGUAAGCAAGCCAGAUUCGACUCACAGGAACCAGAACCGAAGAAAUCAGCGUCCAAAUCUAACUCAUUUUCUAUAGACUCGAUAUUAAGUCUUCCUAACAAGCGUGUUUCACGGUCCUGUUCGCCGGAAAGCGGCGUCCGUUACCCAAGCUCCCCUCCAACGUCAAGACAUCCCUCGCCACAGUCCUCUCCCGUAAGCCUUUUCCAGCCCAUCAGUCAAUAACGAACACUCUCAAAUUCACUGAAGUGUUAACUAUGUUCAUAUCUGUAUCUAAUGUUCUUGAAAUUUAGCCACGCAGUUAUAGUGGCUACAUUCACACUGAAAUAUUUUUAUUGCCUUUUAUUUUAUUUAUAUUUAUUUGCAUAUUGCCAUGUAGGUAUUGUAUCAAGUGAUCAUUUCCAAAAUUUCUUCCUGCUUAUUACUACAAAAUUCAUGAUAAGGCAUUAUUAGAACCGUCGGGAGUAUAAUUUUUAGGUCCAUUCAUCAACGUAAUUCGAGUAACACGUUCAACAUGAAUCUUUUAUUGAUGAUCUUUUUCUUAUUCAUGCCUCUUCUAUUGAUCGCAAGCAUCUUUUAUAUCAAUAAAACUUUCUUACACAUUGCCAG